UGGAUGACUUCACCGUUCUGCCUGGGUUUCCUUUAUGAUCCCGGGAUCUCCCACUUCCCUCACCAGACAUCAGCCAGCAACACAGGCGAGCACAACACUCUCUGCCUCUCUCUCGCUCACACGCCGUCUUUCCCUGCAGCUGCAACACAUCCAGAGAGCACAGAGAGACCACAACAACACCCGGACCUGAGACGCUGGUGGCCCCCUUGUCCACAUCGAGUAACACCCAGAAAGGAUCCCAGCAGGAGCAGCACACCAACCGCUGCAGCUUGCACAACACACACAAAAAAAGGGAUCUACGGCUUUAUUGCACAUAUAAAGCCACUGAGGAAGACUUUUCUCUACGUUUUAAUCUACGCUGGUGAUCCUUCUUCGUCGUGCCACCAUGUCCGAGGUGCUGCCAUACAACGAGGGGAAAAUGAGCGGCUACGGGGCGGACAGCGAGGUCAGCCAGAUGUCCUUUAGUUGCGGACUGCAGGACUCAAGCUCCUUUUUCGCUGCGUCGCAGGCGAAAAGACCCCCAAAGCUGGGACAGAUCGGCCGAGCCAAGCGAGUGGUCAUCGAGGAUGACCGAAUAGACGAGGUCCUGAAGGGGAUGACAGACAAGUCUUCACCCGGCGUUUAAACGUGAGCGACGCCUUGCGGACUUUUUCAUUUUGAUGACCGAUUUGAAGCACUUGUCGGCUGUGCAUGUUCGAGGAUUGCAGGAGAGAAACGACGGCACGAAGUGAAGCUGGGGUGACUGACGAAAGGGCAACGAAAAAAAAGGGCAACGAAGGGGGGAAAUGGAGAAGGCUAAAGGAAGAGAAAUGUGGAAGAAAGUGAUGAAGAAAGAAGUGGAAAGAGAAAGAGAGAGAGAGAGAGAGAGACUCUGGAAAAGACCGCGAUUUAUCAUGGGAUUGCUGGCAAUUCUCCAAACGAAUCCCGAUUGUAACUACUGUUGCGCAGCAAGAUGUUGAGAUGGCGGACACCGCUCUGUAUCUCAACCUCUGCUGACUUUAAUGAUGGAUGAACUUGUCAUUACUUCACGACCAUCUCUUGUUCCUUUCCAACAGCGCUGUAAGCAACACAAUACUGCAACUGGAGGCUGAAGCUAAAUCCCAGCCCUAUUUCAAUAAGUUGUACAGUACAGUAGGUAGGCUAAGCUCUCAGACGCGCCCCCCACCUCCCCUCCUUUAGGCUUCGCUUUGUUGAUUCAGUCAGCGACGGUGCAUUCAAGGGAGCUGUCCUUUCAGCACUGGUCCAAUGCAUUCCUGUUGCUGCUAACGCUUUUUCAAAAAACAGACCAACCAAACUCUUGAGUCUGCUGAAUAGAGGAGACCCAUUGUAUGUAAAACAUAUAUAUCUACGAGGAUGGUGCAAUGUUAAUAUGUUCUGUAGUAGAAGCCCUGUUUGUUUUUGGCCCUUAAAGAGCAUUAUAGGCCACAGAUUAAACCUGAACCACAGGCGACAUUCUUCUUCUUCUUCUUGCAUUACACGUCAGUGGGGUUAAAGGUGCAGCUUGGCACCUUCAUGUAGCUGAUUUACACCUGCACAUGUCUUUCCCCUCUCUAUUUCUUCAAUUUUGUUUUUAUUUUUAAAUUUUUUUUGCAUUUUCAAAUGCUCAGAUAUCUACAGAGGCCAGCACAGUUGUGAAGAUUAUAGUAAAUGUUUAAAAUAAUAGUCAUGAAAUUGAUGGGAAAAAAAAUUGUAUUUCCAUUAUUUGGUUAUUUCAAUUUUGCAAUUAUUCGUGUUUCGUCCUCUAUACGUUUUUUUCUCCAUCUCUUUGCAUGAACUUUCACUGCGGUGCCAACGCAGGUGCCACUUCUCUUACCUUGGCACGCUUCUUUUUAACAAAAGUCAUAUUUGUAUUUUUAUAUCUAAAUCUUUGUUAUUUAAAUGAUAUGCUAGUCUAUCGUCUUACAAUUCAUCAACAAAAAUAUUUCUACUUCAGAGAGGAUAUACAGAAUGAGACGAGGCUUCAUGGAGGCGAAGCUACGUAAGAUUUUGGUGGACUGGUUUCAUUCUAUAUCAGAGGUCGGGCGUUUUUUAAAGACUAACUGAAUGUGUCUGGGGUUUUUGCACACAUCAAUGUUAAACUAUUAAGAAAUCGUAUACUGUGACUUGAGCUUCGUUGAUGAAUUUGUUAGAAAAUGGCAGUUUUAGAGUAUAUUGCACUGUUUACGAGUAUCCUCAAAUAACACGUUAUUUGACAGAUUUUGGACAUUACAGUUUUUGUUUUUUAAUUUUGUUUAUUUUGUACCAUUAUUUUAAAGAAACUGGAUAUGGUUUGUUGUGCAUGAAACCUUAAUAUUUUCAACAAUGAAACAUCGUUUUAUGAAGCAAAAAAGCAGCAAAAAUGUCAUGACAUUCUAAGAAUGAGUCAUUGUAUAUUAUGAUGCCAUUUUCACUGUAUUUGGUGAAUUAAUAAAUGGUGAAAGAACA